ACCUGGGGAUGGUGGGGUGGGCGGUGCUGGGCUGAGGAGCUCCAAAGGCAGCCAGUGUGAGGGGGUGUCCUCCUGACCCCGGGGCCCCGCUGGCCCACAGUGCCUGCCAAAGGACAAGCCGAGGCCCCACCCUUCCCUGGGGGCUGCCUGCGACCAGCCCUCCACACACCCUUCCCUCGGGCGUCUUCCCCUCUGCCAGUCCCCAGGGCCACACAUCAUAGGGGACUGGGGCCCGAGCCGGCAGGAUCUGAGCCACAUGUGCCACUGAAACUGGGCCAGGUCCCUCCCCGACAACCUACGUGCCUGACCUGCUGCCUGCCCUUCGUGCCCCUGGCCACCCACACAGCCCUGGGGCACAGGCCAGGGGUGGGGCUAGGGCACCAUCAUCUCAGGCCAGCGAGGAAAUGAGGUCCAACCAGGGCCACCCAGGCUGAGGGCACUGGGCCCGGGUGAACGGCUCAGAGGAACUGGGGUGCCACCUCUCCCCUCCGGCCCCAGCCUCAAGCUCAGGCCAGCCCUUCUCUUCCAGCAUCUGGGGGCAUCACCCAUUUGGACUCUGCCGGGCUCUGCCACUCGCUGCCUGAGGCCCCCGGCCACCAUGCACCAGCACUGCACCGUCCACUUUGCCAAGGGUGCCCUGCCCCCUCGGAUCGCCACUGAGCGCUACUUCUUGGACCCGGAGUUGGGGCACCGAAAAGGACGCUGUCAUCAGGGGUGCCACGACCCAGCAGCACCUGGCGCCCACAGGCCCUGUCGGCUGACCCCCAAGGCAUGCCGGCAGCCGGCCUACCAUGGCCACCAGGGGGGGCGCGGUGGCUGUCGCCGGGGCCCCCAGCCCCCCACACAGCAGCAGCAGCAGCAGCAGCAGAGGCGGCAGCCCCAGCCUCCACCUCCCCAGCCCCCACAGCAGCGUCUCUGCUCUGUUCACGGGGCCCAGAAGCGGCCACCCGCAACCACCGCUGCCCCCGCGCAGCCGGCCAGCGCCCCCCAGCCGCCCCCCACCUCACUCACUGCAGCCAGCAUCCCUGCCACCGGCGGCCCAGCCCUGCCCUCCGCAGCCGGCACCCUCCUGGAGCCCAGCAGGCCCACGGACGCCCGGCCCCUGCCCGCCCCUGCAGCCUGUGGCUGCUUCACCUCCUACAGCUCCGACAUCUUGACAGAGGAUGACGUCUACUGCAGCUGCCUGGCCAAGACUCUCUGCCAUGUGCCCGUCCCUGUGACCGUGGGUUUCUAUGCCCCCUUCGGCUGCCGCCUGCACAUGAUGCUGGACAAGAUCACAGCGCUGAUGCAGCAAGAGGCAGCCCAACGCGAGACCGAGGAGCUGGAGCGCGUGCAGUGGCGGCCGCGGCCCGUGCGGGGCUGGGCCUUCCCGAAGCUGCUGUGGUACCUGGUGUUCCUGCAGCCCAUCAUCACCGAGGUGCACCUGCGGCGCAAGAACGUCAAGUUCCUCUUCAUCCGCUUCAGCGCCUGGCAGUACGCGGGCACCGACAAGCUAUGGGCCGGCCUGGUGACCACGCUGUGCGAGGGCAUCCGCCACCAAUACGGCGCUCUGCCCUUUAGCGUGUACUCGGUGCUGGGCACGAAGGCGGCCACGACGCUGGGCUUCCACCAGCGCGAGUGGCAGUGCCGGCACCGCGUGUGCCUGGCGCUGCUGGCGCUGCUGGCUGUGCUCAGCCUGGGCGUGGGGCUGCUCUACCUGUCGGUGGGUGCCCGCUCGCUGAGCCACCGCGCCAGCAACAGCAGCCUGCUCCGGGUGUUCGGCGGCGCGGCCACCACGCUGUCGGGCUCCGGGCUGCUCAUGGCCGUGUACUCGGUGGGCAAGCACCUGUUUGUGAGCCAGCGCAAGAAGAUCGAGCGGCUGGUGUCGCGCGAGAAGUUCGGCAGCCAGCUGGGCUUCAUGUGCGAAGUGAAGAAGGAGGUGGAGCUGCUCACCGACUUCCUGUGCUUCCUGGAGAUCUACCAGCGGCGCCGGCUGCGCGUAGUGCUCGAGGUCACCGGGCUGGACACGUGCUACCCCGAGCGCGUGGUGGGCGUGCUCAACGCCAUCAACACGCUGCUGUCCGACAGCCAUGCGCCCUUCAUCUUCAUCCUGGUGGUGGACCCCAGCAUCCUGGCCGCGUGCCUCGAGAGUGCCGGCUCCAUGAAGGGCACGGCCGACAACGGCUACCUCUUCCUCAACCGCACCGUCACGCUGCCCUUCUCGGUGCCCAUCAUGGGCCGCCGCACCAAGCUGCAGUUCCUCCAGGACGCUGUGCAGAGCCGUGACGACCUGCUCUAUCGCGAGAUAACGCGCAAGCUGCGGCCGCCGGGCGGGGCCGGGGCCAGGGGCAGCGAGGGCGCGCAGCUCCUGGAGGUGCAGACGCAGGCGUGGGGCGAGCGUGAGCAGAGCCGCAUCGACGCCGAGGCGGCGCGUCGCAUCCGCGAAGCGCUCUUCUGCCUGCACGACGAGCGCGACUGCCUCUACGAGUACGUGCCCGACAACGUGGUGUCCAUGCGGCGCAUCGUCAACACCGUGCCCAUCACCGUGCGCCUGCUGCAGCAGCAACAGGGGGACUUCGGCGGCCCCUCGCCGCGCCAGGCCGUGGCUUGGGUCGUGCUCGCCAACCAGUGGCCGUGCCGCCUCAGCUGGGCCCUGCAGUGCCUGGAGGACCGGCAGCAGGCCGGGGGCGCGCCCGAGGCCCGCUCGCGCCUCUGGGACGUGUUCAGCGACCACAGCCGCGAGCUGCACACCAUGACCAAGCCGCUGCAGAACGUGCUUGACCUGGACGGCGACCCUGAGCUUUUCGAGCGCUUCCUGGGCGCCGACUUCCCUUUCACCGUGGCCGAGGCUCAGAGCCUCCUGCGCUGCACCGUCAACCUGGACCACUCCAUCCGCCGCCGCAUGGGCCUCAUCCGGGCUGUCAGCGCGCUCAAGCCGCCCAGCCCGCCCAAGUCCCCUGCCCGCGACACCCCCCACGCCGCCAACGGAGCCAACCACGCCCCUAGGGCGGCCCAAGCAGGCCACCCUGCAGGGCACGCCCCUGUGCAUGCCAGCGAAGCCCACCAACCCCGGGACUGGGCGCAGGGGGGCAAGCCCAGACCCAUGGCUUGAGCGCCUUUGACUCAGGGGCAGUCCAGCCCAGGUGGGCCUUGAAUGUAAGACUUCUGGGCACAACACUUGCAUCUGCCCAGAUGAGAGUGUAGGGGGCCUGGCUAGGCUCAAGACCCGGGGGCCAGUGUCCAGAGUGGGGCCUGUGGUGCCCAUAUUUCCCAGAUGAAUCUGUGAGCCAGGGAGAGCCCUAAGCCAUGGCCACCAGGAAUGGGACAGCGUGUGUGUCUGAGAGCUGGGCAGAAGGACCCAUGAGGAAAUCGGGGUUCAAGUGCAAUAAAUGAAAAUGUGAAAGCC